CCUUGACCUAGCACAUGCCAUCCAUGCACACACAGGUAGCUAUGCGAUGAGGAUGGAAGCCGCGCCAGCUCCAGCACCACACCUGACUGCAUCUCUCCCUCACCCACCCCAUGUAUGUAGUCAGUUCUCACCCCGUAGUAAGCUCUCUCUGCCUGACCGAUGCACUGCUCGACCACCGAGCGCAGGGCAGCCUCCCUGCACUGACCCCCAUCGUGUCGGUGAAGGAGAGAAAGAGUCAGACGAGCGGUUGCAGGUCGCACAGCAGCGACAAAUGCACACCGAGAGACAAGUUGGACAUCGUCUACCAUGUCACAUUGAAAGUGGAUAUUCAGCGAGGCGACGUGGGGACAUUGGGCGGCGUGCUGUGAGAUGGCGAGCAGCUGUGAGCAGCUGGCCGAUGCCUUCACACAGACUCUCUCUAGCUUGACUGUAGAGGGCAGAUGCGAGAGGCAAAAAGCUGCCCUGCCCGGGCGCAGUACGGACUCUACAUCGAGUGUCGUGAGCCUAUCUAAUGUGCCCAGCAACGCACCCACGCCGUUGGGCUCUUCAGGAGCGUCAUCAUGCGCCACCCACUGGCCGUCGCGGACAUGGAGGUUGGCGAUGUUGGGCAGGUGGCGAUUGCCACCGGUGUGGCUCUUCACGGCCAUCCACUGCGGCACACUCGAGAAGUCCCGAAACUUCUCCACUCCGGCCACCAUGAGCUUAGUGGCAGAGUUGAAGACCAUCAGGCUCGCCCACGAGCCGUGCAGAGGCUUUCCCCCACACAUCAAAGUGACCUGCAUCCAGCAGAAAAGCACUCAGGCAGACAGGGCACAGAAUGAGAUGAUCGUCUCUCUGUCGCCUCUACGUAUCAUGGUGAGCUUCUCACCUUAUGUGCUGUGCUGGAGAUGUCUUUGAUCAUCUUAGCCAUGGGGCCAGUGGGUGCAGGAGGGGAAGCGACGAGGUCCCUGGAGCAAUCCACAGUCACCUCACGCGCCCUCCACUCGACCGUGCACUUGACCGAAGCUGAAGACGGACACGAACACACACACACACACACACAAAACACCGCUGACUGUGCCCGCCAAAUGGGUGACUGCCUGGUUUGUGCUGCAGUGGAGCUACCUGCCCAGUCGAGGAAGGCACUUGGGCUCAAGGCGUUGUGGGACAACGGAUGGAGCACCUUACUCGCGAAGGGCACCAAGAUCUCUUGUCUGACCUUCAGGCCGAGCCUCUUCUCAACGCCUGUCCAGCAGCGAGUAAUACAGGCAAACAAGUAUGCGGUCUAUGGUCCCCUGCUCACCCACCUCUCAGCUGACUGACUGACCUUGCAUAUUGGGUCGUCUCCAGAUUGGGUCGAGAGCCCGCUUGAGCUUGCCCAGGUCCGUCAUGUCCGUCCAUCUCCGGCGCAGCUCCAGCCAUCGGAUGUCUGUCAGGUCGGGGCAUCUCUCCGGCAGGGAAGCAAAAUCGUUGUCGAUACGCAGGCGAUCGGUCGCUGCAAACAUACACACAUGUGAUAGGUGGCUUCAUGUAGGACGUCAUUGCUCACACAGGGAUUUGAGCUUGGGAGCACGCUCCAGCAUUCUCUCGAUGUCUCGAGUGUUAUUCCCCUGCCGAUGUGCCUGCUGACGGGUAUGAGGCGGGAGUGGACGAGGCCUCAAGGGUGGCAUCUCUCUGUUUUUGCUGUGUUCUCAGUUGUCGUUGAUGGCUUCGCUGAGACAGAGGCCGCUGACUGAGUGACCAGGUGCGCCAGCAGUCGGCACAAUCAGUCACCAGGCCAAAGGGCAGCCGCACGCAGCAAGCAAGUGUGGCUGAGCCAUCGCAUCUCAUCAAAAUGCAUGUCAGCCGACUCGUGAGUACACAAGAUCUGAUCGGCACACACCACCACACACACAACAAGAGCUCAUGUGUCCGCUGCCGUGCCCGUCCCGUGCUCCAUCGUGCACCAGGCAUCUCGGUGGCUGGCUACCACCACCUUGUCCUUUCCCGCAUAAUGUCCAGCAGCCUUUUCUUCAGAGUGCUGUUUUCAGCCUUGAGUCCUGACACCUUCAGGAUCAGCUCGUCGUUGAGCUUCCUCGCCUGACUCAGAUCGGCUCGAAGCAGCUGCUCCUCACGCCGACGGCCCUGCAGUGCGUCAUCGCAUCAGCAACCGCCACCAGACGGACAGGCAGACAGUUGCUGCCGGCCCAUCGUGUUGCCUGUCUGCCUGUCUGUCUGCCUGUCUGUCUAGCUGUCUGUGUGUGGUUGUGUGUGUGGCUACCGAUUCGACCCAGAGGGUAGUUGAGUGUGAAGGCUGCGCAUAAGCUGCAGAUGCCAAUCACCUGCACGGACCUCUUCGAGACCACCUCCAGCGGCGUCAAGCUCUUGGAAGCGGCCGAGCCCAUCGGCAUGACGAUGAAAUAAUGACCAAACCCACAGAUCUCUCAUGGCAUUGCAGCCGAUGGGCCCAUUGGGCCUUCCACCGCCCUGUGCUUUGUAAGGAGCUCC